CCACUCGCGCAGUCCCACUAGUAAGCCCCAAACCGAAAUGUCGUGUACGGCCACUAGAUUUUUCCUGACGCGGUCGCUGUUCCCACUCCCCCUCCCCAAGUUGCAGCGGCGGCGGCGGCUGGGGCCUAGCAUUUGCGCGACGAGGGCCAUCGCCAUGUCGGCCUCGGGGCUCGGCGGCGGCGAGGCGUUCCGGCUCUCGGCCGCGCCGGGGGCCGGCGCGCUGAAGCUGCACAAGGGCGACAUCACCCUCUGGUCCGUCGACGGCGCCACCGACGCCAUCGUCAAUGCUGCUAAUGAACAGAUGCUGGGAGGUGGAGGUGUUGAUGGAGCUAUACAUCGAGCUGCUGGACCAGAACUAGUACAAGCGUGCCGCGAAGUUCCAGAGGUCAAACCUGGAGUUCGUUGCCCCACUGGAGAAGCUAGGAUUACUCCAGCUUUCAAGCUUCCUGUGUCCCGAGUGAUUCACACUGUUGGGCCGAUAUAUGAUAUGGACAAGCAUCCUGAGGUGUCAUUGAAAAAGGCAUACGAAAAUAGCUUGAAGCUUGCUAAAGAGAAUGCCAUUCAGUACAUUGCAUUCCCUGCUAUAUCUUGCGGUGUUUAUCAUUAUCCUCCCAAGGAAGCAUCGGAAAUAGCUGUUGCAACUGCACAACAAUUUUUGGAGGAUAUUAAAGAGGUGCAUUUUGUUCUUUUUUCAGAUGAUCUCUACAAUGUUUGGCGUGAGACUGCCCAGGAGAUGGUAUCACAAUUUGGUAAAUGAAUAGUCUUGUGGUUUCUGAUGCCACUGUAGUCUUGUAGUCUCUGUUCGCCAUGAUAUAUUUCAACAUGUGUGUGUAUGACCGAGGCCUGGGUGAACAUUUGAUGAGUGUAUUGAAUGACAUUUUAAUGUCAACUACACCUUUCGCUUGUAGUAUAUUUUCCUAUGAAAUAAGGUUUGGUGACCUAGAA